AUAAUGACAGAGUGGGAGGGCCACUCGGUGCAACUAAUAAGGACCGCGAUCUAGCAGGCGAUCCCACUGUGACUUUUAUUUCCAAGUCCUGGAAUCCGGAAUCAGACUGAUCGUAAUCACACAUGGAUUAUACUCUUUUCGCCGCUUUUGAUUUGUUUCUGCCUUAGAGGGAACUUUCUCACCAGCUGUUGGGACUGCCUUCUAGUGCCAGAGCCAUGAUUUGCUUGUUAAGAUGGACUGCUUUCCUUUGGACUGUAAAUUUCAUUCCUUGCACCUUUGGAAUGGCAGUGAAUGAACGGACAGAUGGCUCAUGUCCCCCUCUGAGUGUAGAGGAGCACAAGUUUUCUGAUGUCUUAGAUCGUCCCCUGGACAUCACAGGAUUUGAUCUCACAGAAAAGUUUCUUCUCCGAAAGGGAACAAUCACAGAAGACCUGCCGUCGUUUCGUUUAGGAAGCAGCCCGCUCAUUAAGCCAACAGAAGUAAUAUUUCCAAACGGGCUUCCAAGUGAAUACUCCCUCGUCACCAUCUUCCGGGUAAGAAGAACUACAAAAAAAGAUCGCUGGUAUCUUUGGCAGAUAUUCAACCAGUCUGGAGAGAGUCAGGUAUCUGUUGUGGUUGAUGGUGGCAAGAAGGUGGUGGAGUUUUCUUCCCAGGGCCUGCAAAAGGAGGCUCUCCGCUAUACAUUUAAGAGCCGUGACCUACAUGUGCUCUUUGAUCGCCAGUGGCACAAGCUGAGCAUUUCUGUACAGAGCAACAUAGUCUCCAUUUACAUGGACUGCAAGCUAAUAGAAAGGAGGCUGACUGAUGAGAGGGACAGCAUUCACCCCACGGGGCGCACUCUCAUCACGACACGAGUGGAGGAUGGACGACCUGUAGAUAUUGAACUGAGACAAAUUCUAAUCUACUGUGACCCUUACAUGGCCGAAAUGGAGAAUUGCUGUGAGCUCCUGGAGCCAAAGUGUGAAGCCAAGAAGACCUUUAAUGGGACUUCCCCUCCCCUGGUUACAGCCCAGCUCCCGCAGAUGCUGUCUCAGCCGGCCUCAAAGUCAAUUGACAGAUGUCACUGUCCAGCUGAAAAGGGGGAUCCUGGUCUUCCAGGUGUCACUGGACUGCCAGGACAAAAAGGGGACAAAGGAGAAAAGGGGGACACAGGGGAGGCUGGGCCUUCGGGAGACCCAGGACAUAAGGGGGAACUUGGAUCAGAAGGGCAAAAGGGAAUCGAUGGGGAGAAGACAAGGGCACUGACCUGCAGCUGCUCCGGUUGGUUAAAGGGUCUGAAAGGUGACCUAGGGCCAGUUGGUCCAGUUGGUCCCAAAGGAAACAAAGGUGAUGUGGGUGUGCCUGGAGCUCCAGGGCUGCCUGCUGUUAAAGAAUGUCUCAAAGGAGAUCAGGGCCUUCCGGGUGACAAAGGAGAAAAGGGAUCGGCUGGGGUGCCAGGUCAGCCAGGGGAACCAGGCAAAGAGGGCAAAAGGGGACGGAGAGGAAAGGCUGGGGAGCCUGGACUCAGAGGCCUGCCUGGUCCCCCAGGAACCCCAGAUGGAGCAAGUGUCAAGGUGGAGAGGGGUGAGUCUGCAGUCCCAGGGGGGAAAGGGGAGAAAGGAGAGAGAGGAGAGCCUGGUCAGCCAGGUGCCGAGGGGGCCGGCGGGAUGAAAGGACAAAAAGGUGAUGCUGGUCCUCCUGGUCCUCCUGGUCCUGUGAUGACAGCUCACGGAUUAAGACAGAUCUCUGGAACUGAUGAAAUGAAGGAGAAGACCCAAAAGGGAGAAAAGGGAGAUCAGGGGGAGAGAGGAGCUCAAGGGCCGCAAGGCUUCAAGGGAAACAUGGGGCCUCCAGGACUCAAGGGAGAUCAAGGACCAGAGGGCAAGCAAGGCCUGCCUGGACCCACUGGACUCCCAGGACUCCCAGGCGAGCCAGGCUCGCCAGGGGAGUCAGGGGUGCCUGGGAGAGAUGGCCUGAAAGGAGAAAAGGGGGACUCUGGUGGAGUGAUGGGGCCACCGGGACCUAAGGGUGAGCCUGGAGAGCCUGGAGGUGGAUAUAUGGGCGAUGGGUUGUCUGUAAGCAGAGGAUCUCGUGGGCCCAAGGGUGAAAGAGGUGUCCCAGGAUUGCCAGGAGACCACGGUGAAAAAGGCGAACCUGGGGAGACUAUCAUAGGCUCGCCUGGCCGCAUGGGACCCCCAGGAAAGCCGGGAAUUGAGGGCCCUCGCGGACCCCCGGGUUUAUCUGGCCCUCCUGGGGUUUCAGGAAGGGAGGGCCCCCCUGGCAGGCCAGGCCCCCCGGGCCCUGCCGGACCCCCAGGUGAACCAACUGCCCUGCCAAUUGUUGGAGACAUGGGUGCAAUACUCAAGAAUGCCUGCAGUGUGUGCCAGACGAGAGUCCCAGGGCUUCCUGGGCAGAAGGGAGAGAAGGGGUCCUUUGGAGCGCAAGGAGUAGAAGGCAUGGUGGGGGAAAAGGGGGAUCCAGGUGUAAGAGGUCCCACGGGGAACCCUGGGAAAGAAGGCCCAAAGGGAGUGAAAGGAGAGAGAGGGUUCCCAGGCCCUGCAGGAGAUAAAGGUGAUGAGGGGCCUCCAGGAGUACCAGGACUUCCUGGUGUGACCGGUCGUACAGGGGCACCGGGGCUCAUGGGUAGACCGGGGCCAAUGGGCCAAUCAGGAGUAAAGGGAGAUAAAGGAAAUGAAGGCCCCCCAGGCAGACCAGGCCUUCCAGGGCCACCAGGUGUGCCCUAUGUGGAGGGCAAUGGGAUGAGCAGUCUGUACAAGCUGCAGAGUGGUGGAGCUAUUUUAGGACCCCCUGGAGCUCCUGGUGCUCCGGGUCCCAAAGGAGAUGAAGGAUCUGUAGGUGAACCAGGGGCCAUGGGAUUACCAGGGCUUGAAGGGCUACCCGGUGCCAAGGGUGAUAUUGGUUUGCCUGGUCCGCCUGGGAUAAUAGGUCCUCCAGGGAAACCCGGCGCUCGUGGAGAGUCAGGGAUCCCAGGAGAGCCGGGUGAGAGGGGGCCGCUCGGAGAGACAGGAUUCCCAGGGCCCGAGGGACCCCAAGGUGUACCUGGGAGACCUGGGAAAGAUGGAACUCCUGGAUACAAGGGAUCCACAGGAGCAACAGGGGACAGAGGAUCCAAAGGAGAACGUGGGGAUCCAGGGAUUCCCGGAGAAAGAGGUGUACAAGGCGAGAGGGGUCGUGCAGGAGAUCCUGGCCCGAUUGGACGUAUCGGACCACCAGGCCAAAAAGGAGAUCCUGGCCCUCCGGGACAUUUGGGGAAUGUACACCUCUUGAGUGAUCCCAGCUUCAUGGACGAACUCAAAGUGUUCAUCAAACGUGAAGUGUUGAAGGUCUUCGAAGAGAAGCUAUCAAGCACUGCCAUGCUGCAGAAGACACCUGCAGGGAUCUUAGCUUCACAGGGCCAUGGGCCUCCAGGACCUCCUGGAAAGGAUGGAUUACCAGGCCCUCCAGGAGAGCCCGGGCCUCCUGGUCCUCAAGGGUACAGGGGUCAGAAGGGGGAGCGAGGCCAGCUUGGUUUGGGGUUACCUGGAGACCCAGGACCCAUGGGGCCACCAGGCCCUCCAGGGAUCACUUCUCGGGGCCCUCCUGGCUCUCCAGGGCCCCGCGGACCUCCUGGGACUUGCGACCCCAGUGACUGUCUCCUUCCAUCCCUGUGAUCCCAGCAGAGCGGUUCAAACGGCGGGCUGGUUCAAGCACAGAUGUCCAGCUCAGAGCUCAGAGCAGGAGAAGGACGUCCUCGCUGUAUCUAACAGCUUCCUCAACUCUGGUUUAUCAGACGGACUCACAACUGACCUCUUUUGUUCACUUUACAAUAACAUUUGGAUGCAGUCAGGAUUUGUUUUGUUGUAGGGUUUGUUUUGAAUGAUGGAAAAGAAACCUUUGAGGGUUUUUUUUUUGUUUUUUUGUUUUUUUGCAAUGCUGUACUUUUAAGGUAUUUCUUGUUUUCACAUCCCCUACUGUGAUGUAAUGCAUUCCUUGUCAACUCUCAUUAUGUCUAUUAAGACCAUGAAAUGACUUUGUUUCAUCGAGUUCAGUCCCGUCUGAGAACAUGAUCUUAAUUAUUUGUUUGCCUCCUUAAUGGGCAUGCCUAUUCACUCUUCUGUUCUUAUUCAGAUAAGCCAAUGUGCUGGUACAUCUCGUGUGUGUAUGUGUGUGUGUGUGUGUGUGUGUGUGUGUGUUUGAGGGAGAGAGAUUAGCUGAAUGAAUGUACUUGUUUAAUGUGGAAGUGUGAGUAAGUAACGGAUUUUUGGAACUCCUUAUGCAACCAAAGUGCAGCAGAUGUGUCUGUUAUGGGAAUUAUUUAUUUUAAGCGUAUUCCUUGAGAAUGUAUUUAAAGAUGGUACUAAUAAUUGUAAUAAAUGUAGCAUGGAUAUGCAGUAAUAUUAUUACUAAAAGGUGGAUGAACACAUUUCUGGAUUAGUGAAAGCUUUGCUUUAUGAGAUUAUCACUCAUGACAAAUUUGCAUUGUGCAUGAUAAUCAUUUUUUUUAAAGAAUCUGCAGUAUAAUCAUUGACAAAGACGGCUUGCUAUUUUCUGUAGGUUACACAUCGCCAUAUUUUUUGUAGUACAGAAACCUACACCUCAUAUUGUUUGUCUGAAACUACUGUAUUUGUGAGACACAAACACCAAGGGCAGAUUUGAAGAAUGUACGUUAAAUAUCAUUUGUGUUUCAUGAGUGUGACCUCACGUUCACCUUUACUGUUGGUUUAAUCUGUAAAUAAGCUGAAUGAGCAUUUGGGUUUUUUUUCUUUUUCCUUCUUCCUGUCUAAUGGGGCUUGUAAUGGGACCUGACAAUAUAAUUACAUAAGCAAGUUGUCAUUGUGAUGACACAUUAAGGUUCUCACUUUUGUUAUCAGUGUGUGUGUGUGUGUGUGUGUGUGUGUGUGUGUGUCUGAGAUGAUGGUUAUAAAAGGUCCAGUGUGUAGGAUUUAGAGGGAUAUAUUGGCAGAAAUGGAAUAUGAAAUAAUAAGCAUGUUUUCUUUCGUGCAUAAUCACUUGAAAAUAAGAACAGUUUGUGUGUUUUUGUUAACUGAGAAUGAGCCAUUUGUAUCUACAUAGGGAGCAGGUCCUGGUCCAUGGAAUCCGCCAUGUUGCUCCGCUAUGUUUCUGCAGUAACCCAGAGCGCACAAACCAAACACUGGCUCUAGAUAGGGCCAUUUGUGUUUUUAUGUCAGCCACCUUAAUUAGCAUACCCUCCACGAAAAGCAGCAUCAGAAAAACUCAGAUUUUUUAGGGUGAAACUGCUUUAUUCAGUGUUUUUAUCAAUUUGAAUCACCUUGUACGUUUGUUUUUUAAAGGAAGAGAUCUCUGUGGUUAAUUCGGCUCCUGACAAAAACUGUCUCUGAUGAACCAAACACCAUGGGAGAAACACUGAUUUGUAACAUGAAAAUGUUUUAUUCAGUAUUUUUACUGGUUUUAAUCACCUGGGGUGUCAUUUAUAAACAUUGCGUACGCACAAAAUGAGGCCCUAAAGAGGCCUAUGCGGUCUUUGGGAAACUUUGACCCAUGUUUAUGAGCAUUUUAAAGAUGAGAAAUUGGCAAUGCAAAUGGUGAGGUGGAAGCUUGAUUGUAGAAGUUGUCGCAUAUUUUUUGGCGUACAUCAUUUUUUUGGCUUUUGUCUGAACAUACAUUUUUAGUAUGGAUCCUACACAUUGUUGUAUAAAUGAGCCCCCUAGUGCGUUUGUUUUGGAGAGGAGGAGACCUCUGCUCCUCCUAACCAGGAGAUCUUUCAGGUGGUUGCAGUCUGCAAUCCUCACCACUAGAUGCCACUAAACCCUCGUAAUCUUACACACUGUUCCUUUAACAUUUACUGUUUACAUAGUGUCGUGUAUGAUGAUUCCUCUGGUUUAUUUGUAUAUUUUUGUACCACACAAGGGAAGUCGGACUACCACACUACAACUGCAGGCUUUUUACUUUGGUGAAACAUACUUCUUAAAUGUACUUGAACUUUCUCGUUGUUUGUUUUAACGGUACCAUGGUCUACAUCCUGGUUUUUCACUGACUGACCAUCACUGUGUGUCACUACGUAUGUAUCGUCUGGUUGUGGGGUUUCUUAAGACUGGAGUUUGGAUUUAUUUAUUUACUGUAAGAGGUUUUGGAGCCAUUUUAAUGUUCUCUGUUAAAAUUUCAGAAGGUUUUGAGUCAACUUUACUUAAACAGGUUGUUUGAUUUAUCAUAUCCAUAAACUGUACAAUCACUCUGACAAUGCUCAGACCUCCAAGACAGAAAGAAAAAAGGUCCCAGCAUUCAAAUUUUAGAUUUAAAUCAGUGCUAUGUUUGAAGAUUUUUGAGGAAAUGCAGUGUUUGUUCAUCCAAAAAGUAACCUAAACUUUAUAAUCACACUGAACAACAAACUUUUAUAUGCCAAAAAAGAUAAUUGGCCUGUAGUCUAUAUUACUUUCUUUCAUUUUGUGCGCUGUUUAAUGAGAAUUUGACUCAAAGGCUUUAAUUUUACUUUUCAGUGUCCUGCUGUGAUUAAUGUUUGAAAAGUUCUGUGGGUGUAUCUGACAUUUUUUUGACGUUAAGAACUCUCUGUAUUUCAUCCUUUAAGAUCUGUUUGACACUUUUCUACUUCAUGUCUCACAUCACAGAAAGUCAUCAAGCUUCUCUUACACAUAUGAAUAAUAAGUCACAUCUUACUCUGAAGCCGUAGAGCGUUUUUUAUAUGUUUCUCAGCGUGCAGGCUUGGUUUUAUCUCUGCUAAAUUUUAUCAGUGUGGACUAAUUUCAGAUGGCUGUUGAAUCAAAUGUGUGCCACUGACUUCAUUUGUGAGUUGAAAGAGCCCCCUGCUGGACAUAUAUUUAUUUUCUCAUUGCUUGUAAUGUGAAUGGAAAACAAUCUUUCUUUGGGUUAUAGGCUACAUAAAAUCCCCUCCUUCUUAUUGGCUUCUGUCCUUUCAUCACGCUAAUUUUCAUAUUCGGUUUAAUGGGUUCCCCUUGGAGACAAUAACGCCGACCUUGACCAAAUUCAAAUGAGGCGGCAUCAGCAGACUAAUGUGAUCUGAACUUUUUUGGUGCACUGAUGAGAGCAACUCUUUGCAUAUAUUGAAUUUAGCUUGAAUUGAUAUUAAUGUGUGCCCGGUUUGUGACUUCAAUUUAGCUAAACAGUAUGAUAACUAGGGAGGACACAAAAUGGCCACUGAUGUCACAGCCCACCUCACUGGCAAUUUGGUGCCAGCCAUUUUACAUCGCUCCAAGUUAAAAUCCAUUUAUUCUAAGUGGGGAAUGUCCGAUGAAAGCGAACUCUAAGGAUGUAGGCGUUGUAGGUUGAAGCAUCCUUCAAAGCAAAUGUUUUGCUUUCUAAAGACAGGCUUGUCAAAUAAUGCAAAACUCUGAAAACAAUAGGUUUUAUACAUCCACAUCUUCUAUUACUUCUUUUUUACAGUAAUGUAAGUUGAUCCUGUUGCCACCUAUAAUCUAAUCUUGUAAAUAAGCUUGUAACGAGGGGGAAUAUGGAUCAGCCUCUCAGCACGGUCCCUCAGAUUAAAAAUGUCUGCCUGCUGCUCUCACUGUAAUGCCUCUCUGCUCCUCUGUAAGCUCAUGUUGUGCUGCGGGACUUUAAUGUGCGUUUUUCAAAGGUUUCGUUUCGUUAAAUUUCUACCUCAGUCUUGGUUCACCACAUGUCUACAUAAUGAGCUAUUUUGGAAAACAGAUAUCACGCCACUAACUGUUGCCUUUUACUGAAAAAAAAAAAGAAAAACAAUUGAUCCUCAUGUGUAUGUAGAUACAGACAGUUCUGAAUGUUGACAUCAGUAUCAACCUAAUGGACUCUGGAGGAUGAUCCAGUGUGUAUGUGGUUACCAGGUGUCAGAGGUUAUAUAUUAAAGUUUUCUUUGCAGCAUCUUUUAUUUACACUGAUUAAUGGCACCUGCCUUACACGCGUGCAAUAAAUGUUAUUCAGUGCUUUAUUUUUUGUCUUCUUGUCUUAUAUUUUGGGGCAUCAGUAUCAGGGUAUUAUAUGAUACGUUUUUGUAUGUUGGAGGAUGGUUGAUAUUACGGUGUUGGACAUGACAUUAUAUUUUGAAUAUUAGGGUUAACAAUACUAACUCCUUUAAGAUGUGGUAUCAUGUUACCAUGUGAGCAGCUCAAAACCAACAUCACAGUAUUUCUCUAACCAGUCAACUGAGAUUUUUAGCAUUUCAUUUGUCUUUAAAAUAGGGAGUAGAGGAGAGAAUUCCCGCAAACUGUCAUUUAACUUGCGAUAUAAUUGAGCAUAGUGUUAGUUCAGGUAGGACAUGAUGUCAAGCUCAGCUCACAUCCCAGCUACAUCAGCUGAUCUUAAAGAGCCCAGUCAACUGAUGGAGCAGCUGAUUGAUGGAAGGGAGUCAGCCGAUAGAUCACGUGAUUCCUUUCUAUGCAACCAGUGGGUAAAUCUCAUUCAGGGCGCCCUAUUUAAACUGCUCUGACCUGCCUACUGUUGCUGCUUCCUCUGCAAGCCAUUUUGCAUCCUAACCCCACCCCAGCUCCUCCUUUUCAUGCAGUGUUUGACUUAUCAAUGUCAUUUCUGUUUGUCAUUGAUGCUGCUCUGUUCUGUUCCCGGGGGGUGUUUGCUUCUGCUCUCUCUGCCUUAGGCUUUCCAUGUAGGCGCGUGGAAGGGCAGAGAGGUUUGCUCUGUCUGCCUCAGGCUUUCCUCAUUUGCAUGUGGAAGGGCAGAGACGUGUACUCUCUCCGCCUUAGGCUUUCCACAUGGGUGCAUGGAAGAGGCUUUCUACGUAGGCCCGAGGAAAGGCAGAGAGGUCCCAGAACCGCCAAAUAUAAUACUGCAAAUGGAAAUAAAGUUUUCUUUGACUGUUCCUGACUGAACAUAAUUUUAGAAAUACAUCCAAAAUGUUGUUAAAUGAGAGUGCAGGAAUUCUCUUCUCUCUUCCCCAUGGAGGAUAUCUCACACACACACACACCUGUCUACCUGUCUACAAGAACUUGAAGGUGUGCUUGAGCCCUCACAGUCAGGUUGUCUUUAAAAU